CAAAUAUGGCUGAUGAAGAAGUUCGAGACUUAUUAAGAGGUCUAAAGCUAGAAAAUGUCAUUGAAACUUUUGAAAAAAACAUGAUUACUAUGGAUACAUUAGAACAUUUAUCGGAAUCUACUAUAUCUGAAUUGAUACCAAUUAUUGGUCAAAGAGUGAUAUUCUUAUCUUAUUGGAAAAAGCAUUAUAAUAUCAAAAGUACUUGUCAAACUAUAGAAAAUUCACCACCAAAAAAAAAAAUGAAAUUACAAGAAGAAAAAGAAGAAGAGACUGUAAUCAAUUUUAAUGAAUCUGUGAUGCCUUUAAAGGAUCUACUUUUAAAAUAUAAAAUAGGAUGUCAGAUUUUAAGUUAUUACGAAAGAGAAAAUGAAUUGCAAGAAAACUUCAGAAAUAAAUUGUGUGAUAUUAUCAUUAAUGAUAUUGAAGAUAAAAAUACAAAAUUAACAAACAAUUUGGCUGAUUAUAUUUCAAAAAUGAUAGUUUCUAUUUUUCCUACUGAAGUAGCAACAACGUAUUACAUCCCACCUAUUUCAAAAAAAGAUUCUAUUAGAAAAAAAUCUGUGAUUGCCCGUGGUAAAUUAAUGAAUAUGUGGCGAAAUAGAUGUACUAUGUAUAACAAAUUUAAAGCUAAAUUAAAAAGAGAAGAAAAUAAAGAAGAAGAUGAUGCUUUACAGGAAAUAGAUAAUAAAGUGCAAGAAAGUAUCAAAUGGUUAGAUGAGAAUGUAGCUCCAUGGGAAUUAGUUCUCCAACAUUGGCUGCUUACUUUUGAUAUCAGGCGCAAGGACCUUAAUAAUUCUGAAGAAAAAACUUUGCAUAAUCUCCUUAAUAGAUGGUCUGUAUUAAAACAUCCACAAGGAUAUCAAUUAAUUGUUCAAGAUUUCGACGCAAUGAAUCUAAGCAAAGUCAGUUUAGAUUUAAAUAUUUGGCAACAAUUUAUGGAUGUAAUAAUCAAAUAUUCAACAUCUAACACCAGACAUGACGAAGUAAAUUUAAUGUUGGAAAAAUUAAAAGAUAAAGACAUUUCAACCGAUACAAAAGUGGCUGUAGGUCUUAUGUUACUGCCACACUUAAUUCCGCCAAAAGGAUUGAAAAAAUAUAAAGGCAAAUGUUACAAACCUUCGAUAGCUAAUGCCAAAGAGAGCCUGAUAAAACAUGCAAGCAUUCCUGGAGAUAUGACUCUAAUCAAACAAGAAGCAAGAAAACAUGCUGAGAUGUUGAAAAUUACGUUGCAACCGUAUAUAAUUGUUCUUGGGUCCCCUUAUGAAAUUAAAGAAUCUUACGUUCAAGUGGAUGAUAUUUUAUACAAAACAAAUAGUACUUUAGAGGCAAUCGAUAUAUGUUUUAAAACAUUUCAUGUUUUUCAAGUAAACUAUCCUAUAAUGAGUGAACAUCUUUGGAUGUUAAUCCAGAAAGGUAUUUAUAAUUUUACUACAAAAUGGGAUUCUAUAAUUCCUAAUAUAGAACAUGUACUAAGUAAAGUAUCCAAGUCUUUUGAAAAAAGUGUUAAUUCUGAUACUAUUACUGUGUAAAACACUUUUAAACUGGUUA